UCAUCAGAAUAAAAAAAAAAACAAUGGGUCAUAUCUGCAAAUCCUCUAUGAAGUUCUUCUCCGAUCAAGAGAUCCGAUAUGCCGGCAUCCUCCUUCCUCACGAGGUACAAGCCAGAAUCCAAGCAGCGGUCCUCAAUUUCCUCAAGGUUUUGACCUCUCCCAAUCCUGCAAUCUCCAAUAUCCCUCUGUUUUUCAGUAGGAAAUCGAGUAAUAGUAAAAUGAGUGAAGGGAUCUUGACUGAUGUUUCGUGGAUUUUUCUAUCUCACACUUUUUGUACAAGAUCAUUGAUGAGAGCUAACGCUGCUAAGGCCUUUAUUAGAGUGUGGAAGGUUAUGGAAAUGUGUUUUGAGAUUCUGGUUCAAGAGAAACAAGUUACUCAGAGGGAACUCUUUUACAAGUUGCUCUGUGAUUCACCAGAUUACUUCUCAUCUCAGUUGCAGGUCAAUAGGACAAUCCAAGAUGUUGUAGCAUUGCUUCGGUGCAGUCGCUACAGUCUUGGAAUCAUGGCAUCUAGCAGAGGACUUGUUGCUGGGCGUAUCUUGCUUCAGGAGCCAAACCAAGAGGAUGUAGAUUGUUCUGCUUGUGGCUCUUCUGGGUAUGCAAUUUCAGGUGACCUGAAGUUGUUAGAGAGCUUGAUUAUGAAGACGGAUGCCCGCUAUAUUAUUGUAGUUGAAAAGCAUGCAAUAUUCCAGCGAUUGGCAGAGGAUCAUGUAUUUAACCAGAUUCCAAACAUUCUUCUCACAGCAAAAGGCUACCCAGAUAUUGCUACAAGAUUUCUUCUUCACCGAAUGAGUCGGGCUUUCCCAGAUUUACCCAUUUUAGCGCUGGUUGACUCGUAUGAUCACAUAACCAAGGACUUCUUUUGUUGUGUCUUUUGCCCUUUAUCCUUAGUAGCGGUUGCGGAUGUUUUGAACGUUAUGACGUGAUUUGUUUGUUAAAAACAAUUAUGAUUUUAAGUUGCGGAUGCAAUUAUGAUUCAGCGGUGACCUUAAAAACAUUACAAUAUGACUGUUAUGGAACCCGGGUGGAUUAGCUAUAUUAUCUACUUGUAAGUUUGGAAGCAUUGGGAUGGGUCUAGAGGCAUAUAGAUACGCUUGCAACGUGAAGUGGCUGGGACUGAGAGGGGAUGAUCUACAACUGAUACCUGAAUAGUCUUUAGCUCCAUUAAAGCCACGCGACCUCCAAUUCUCUAGAAGUCUGGUUUCCUCACCAUUCUUGCAGGUACAGUACCUGUAUAAGUUAAUAGUAGGGAAUUUAAU